GAGCGGCGUCGGUCUACGCCCACCUUGCAGAGAGAGAGAAAGAGAAAAUAGUUGACCACUUUUAUCGUCUGGUUCCUGUACAACAUGCUAAAACUUUUGUCCCGUGUGAGGGGCCGUCGGGCACUUUUUACGGCACUUCCCGGCUUUCAUCGGCCACUUUCGGCUAAAAUCCACUGGGCGAGCGGCGCGUCGUGUCAGAAAUCCGACUCGAGAUGCUCUGCCACGGAUAUACCGGAGAUGCCUGCUUGCAAUUUCAGUCCAGACGAAUACAAGGGAAUGUCGACUGCACGGAUGAUGGAGAUCCGCAAGCAGAACUGCAACCCCAUGACUAUGAAGGUUACUUACUAUAAGAAACCGGUGUUCAUCCAUCAGGGACACAUGCAGUAUCUGUGGGAUGUGGACGGGACCCGAUACCUGGAUCUGUUUGCUGGUGUGGCCACUGUCAGUGUGGGCCACUGCCACCCGAAAGUAACAGCUGCUGCAGAAAAGCAGCUGAGGAAACUUUGGCAUACUACUUUCAUUUACGUCUAUCCUACCCUCCAUGAGUACUGUGAAAAACUUGCCUCCUACUUCCCUGAUCCUCUCAAGGUGGUUUUCCUGACAAACAGCGGCUCCGAAGCCAACGACCUAGCAAUGUUUAUGGCUCGUCUCUACACUGGCAAUUUUGACAUAAUCACUUUCAGAGGCUCAUAUCACGGUGGCAGUCCGAUGUCCAUGGGUCUUACAUCUAACGCAGCAUAUAAAUACCCGGUUGCCAAUGGUUUGGGUUGUACAAAUACCAUGUGUCCGGAUGUAUUCAGAGGCCCAUGGGGAGGAAGGCACUGCAGAGACUCACCUGUACAGACUACCAGAGAGUGUAGCUGUGCUGAAGGUCACUGUGUGGCAAAUGAGCAAUACAUCAAACAACUCAAAGAGACAUUAGCUACAAGCGUCCCACCUAGAAUUGCAGCUUUCUUUGCAGAGCCUAUUCAGGGGGUCGGAGGAGCUGUUCAGUACCCUAAAAACUACCUCAAGGAGGCUUAUAAACUUGUAAGAGAGAGAGGAGGGAUCUGCAUUGCUGAUGAGGUUCAAACUGGAUUUGGACGAACUGGAAGCCACUUCUGGGGUUUCCAAGGGCAUGACGUUAUCCCUGACAUGGUUACAAUGGCAAAGGGCAUUGGUAAUGGAUUCCCAAUGGGAGCCGUUGUUACAACACCAGAAAUCGCUGCUGCUUUUGCCCAAGGUGUGCAUUUUAACACCUUUGGCGGAAAUCCUGUGGCUUGCGCUGUUGCUUCAGCGGUGCUUGAUACAAUUAUAGAGGACGGCACGCAGAAGAACAGUCUUGAUGUGGGCACCUAUCUGAUGACAGAGCUGGCAAAACUCAGAGACAAAUAUGAAAUCAUUGGCGACGUCCGUGGAAAAGGGCUGCAGAUUGGUGUGGAAAUGAUCAAAGACAAGGCCAGCAGAGAUCCACUGCCUCCUCAGGAUAUGGCUGAAAUCUUUGAGGACGUUAAAGACAUGGGAGUUCUCAUAGGCAAAGGAGGAGUUUAUGGACAGAUCUUCCGCAUCAAACCCCCCAUGUGCAUCACAAAGGAAGAUGCAGAUUUCUUCUUGGCAGUUUUUGACAAGUCCGUCCAAAACUACAUGGAGAGAAGAUGAAAGCUCGGCCAAAGGUCAGGGGACUAAAAGGCAAGGACCAAGCCAGAAAAAACGGCAUAGCAGUAAAUAAUGACUAUCAUUAAUAACGCUUAAAUAUCAUUGUUGACUACGUCUAAUAUCAGUUUUUAUAGCCAUUAUAAAGGCUAUUUUUUAAAAGGCACUCUGUAAUCACAGGCUCUUUAUGCACUAUUUGUAUUAAAUACAUAAAUAUGUACCUCACGAUGACAAUAAUCUACUUUCUGCUUUCAGUGAGGUCUUCCGCUGAAUCUGAUUAGACAUUUGUAAUAAUGAAUCUCUGGCUUUAUAUCUGAUUAUAACAAUUUUAUUUUUAUAAGAACAAAGACAUAUCUUUUCAAAGACAGAAUGUAUUUUUGGAUUAUCAAUGAACUGAGAUUUUAUUAAAAUAAUCUGACAUUGGU